AGUUCCCAUCACAAUUUGCCCCCACUAGAAAGUUUUUCUCCGUUACGGACUAAGAAAAUGCCAUAUUAUGAGCUGUUUUGUUUGUUUCGUACAGACUUGCCUAGACAAGAACUGUUUCAGUCGGUGAAGAAAACUGCAGAACGUCUUAUGGACGCUGAUGGUGUCAUAACUCGCAUCGAUCCAUUAGCGUCCAGAGAACUUGCUUAUGAUAUUGUCCGUAAGGGAGUUCGAUAUGAAACAGCACACUUUAUCCAAUACCGAGUUUUUGCUCCUUCUGGUAAUAUUUAUGACUUGGCCCAAAAAUUGAAGUACGACAACUCUAUCCUAAGGUUUAAGUUUUUGAGACGGCGAUUAGAGGAUGCAGUUAAUCACUCCAAUCCAUUUGAGAGAAUUCUUCCUCGUCAGAACCUACCAAAGACUGAUCCUGCUUUUAGUUUGGAAAAGUUCUUACAGGAUCUUCAUGAGAAAGAGCCUUUAGGAUAUCGCUAUGCUUCCAGAGAAACUUUUGGUGAAACAGAUCAACUAUCUGCCGAGGAAACUCCUAAUGAAGGUUUGAUAGAUGAUAUAUUGCGUACUUUGGAGAAAAGUCAAAAACCAUAAGUUAUACAUUUCAGUUUAUUUUUGUAUAUUGACUGGUUGAUUGAACUUCACUGUUCUUUUUAUUAUGUUCGAGCAUAGUUAUUCUUUCUAUGGAAACAAUAAACAGGUUUUGAGUUGCUUCAUCUUGAACCAUUAGAUCUACUGCUACUUGGGACAGUACCAAAUCGGACUUUAUAUGCAGAAGCUUUGACUAUGGUUGUAUAAAACAACAGUAAACGUAAAUUGGUCUGAUACUCGCUGUUAAUAGCAUAUACCAAAGUCCAUACCUAGCAAUAACAAUAGUUUCAGUAAACAUCAAACACAAAAUGGGGUCCAAUAACUUCAGUUUGUGUUUUUCUCCUCGUUCCUGAAGCUUCCUUCUGGAACCAUCGACAGUAACGAUUAUCAUCAUGAUAUAAAAUAUUUCUGUGAUGAAUCAAGGCGAAAAUACUUACGAACCUUCUCUAAAGCAAUUUCUAAAGUUGAAGUUGUGAACUGAUUGAAUAUUCACCAGACGCAAACAGAAUAACCAAAAAUUCUCCAGACAAGUUGCGGCUCAUAAAGGAUAAAGAAUGGUUCUUAACAUUUCCCUUGCAAAAGUUGUCUUGAGAGUCUCCAUCGUCACAACUGUUGUCACCGUAGCCUUAGAGUACUUGUACGUGUAAAUAAUUGUUCGCCAUAUAACUUGUCAAAACUAAUCUCUGUAGUACCAUAUU